ACACAGUUUGCUCCUCUAAUUUUCAGUUCUAAGAUCAUGUCGUGGCCCAGGUUGAUUUUACUUGUGUUCCUUGGAUUUAGUCUACAUGGUCUGACACUUGUUGCGUACGGGCAGGAGCGGGACCGCAAGCGGGGAGCGAAGAUAGGGCCGCUCCGGACUCUCCAGCACAACGUCGCUGGCACCGUGUUUGCUGUCGACGAGGACAAGCUCUACAUAGAGAACUUCACCUACGAUGGCGUCGGUCCUGACGCCUUUUUCUGGAUCGGCAACGGAAGUCAACCCAGCCCCAAAGGUCACCUCAUCCGCUACCCCCUAGACUCCACCGAUGGCCCGGGUCUGGGUUUUGUGUGUUUCACCAUCAUGCCUGACUCACCCACGUAUUCACCCAGCAACCCCUUGUCUCUUCCUCAGGUUGAUUUCGGUCACGUCACCAUACCCAAGAACCUAGAGCCUCCGAGGAAGAGGUUGCUGCCAGAGUUCCAUCGCCUGGCGCACGGCCUGAAAUCUGGGAACAUCUCUAUCCUGGACGCUCGUACUUUCUAUAUCCCAAAUCUUCACUACGAUGGGCUGGGCCCAGACGCCUACUUCUGGGUGGGCAAGGGUACCCAUCCUGACCCCAAGGGGCAGAAGAUCCCCAAUGAGAUGGGAAGUCUGGAUGUCCUCCGAGCCUACGAGGGCGAGGACAUAGAGCUACAGUUGCCAGAGAAUCUUACAGUGUACGACAUCGACUACCUGGGCGUCUGGUGUGUGACCUACAAGCACAAUUUCGGCCAUGUCCAGAUUCCCCGUCCGGAGGAACUCUGGGUCCCACCUGCCCUGGGGCAGACACGCAUCAAGCUUGAUGAGGAUUUGGGCGUCCAGUAUUCUGAGGAUGAGAAGGAUACGUACCAGACGGUAGACUCCAAACUACCCGAGGCUACCACCACUACCACCAUCACCACCACCAACUUCGAACGCCAGCCGCCUCAUAAACAUAGAGAGGAUGAGAUAUAUGACCAUGAAACCCGCCACCAAGCUGCUGGUUCUCGGACUGACAUUGACUCUGGUUCUGAUUCGCAGGCAGGCUCUAACACCGGGUCUGGUCAUAGCAACAAGGGUGGUGCUUCCUUCCUCUCCCCGUCCAGUCAUCUGCUCCUCGUCCUGCCCCUCACCCUGGUGCUCCUCGUCCCCCUCGUCCUCGGGUCUACGCCAGUCGCAGGCUCUCUCGUGCACAUCACUCCCGAGUUCGACAACUGCCGACAACUGAGCGACGACCUGCAGGUGGAGUGGCGGGGCAAGGAGGAAGAAGUGCACAUUCGACUCUCAGCAAAGAUGGCAGAAGAUCAGUACAUUGCCUUCGGUAUCUCCCCGACCAGUGGCAAGCCAGAGAUGCUCAACAGUGACAUUGUUGUAGCCUACUAUGACAAGGACGAUGGCUCCUUCCAUGCAGUAGACUACAGCGUCACGGCAAAGUCACAGUGUGAUGGAACAUAUGGAGUAUGUCCUGAUGAACGCGUGAAUGGACGGAACGAUGCAUCAGUAAUUGGCGGUGAACGUCGGAAUGGUGUGACCUCCAUUACAUUCAGUCGUCCAUAUGAAACCAAUGACCAGCUGGAUAUGCCCAUCUCUCGUUAUGCAGAUCCCAUCACAGUCAUUGCUGCCAUCGGUCAACUCAACACCCGUAAGGAGGCUAACUACCAUGAUGAAUUUGUUACCAAGAAUAAUGUGAUCUUAGACUUCACUUCAGUAGAAGGUAACUCGUGCACAUCGCUGGUGGGUUCUGGCCAUGAAACCCAGCAUUACCAGCCUUGGUCUCCCAUCAUCCUCCAGAAUAUCACCAAUUUCACUGCCACCAUUGGACCAACUGGAGGAUAUAGUGGUUAUUCUGCCAUCACUCACAGAACGUACUGGGGAAUUGCUUGGUGGAUUAAUGAUAAGCUCAUCCCAGAGAUAUAUGUUAAACGUGGUCAGACUUACUAUUUCUCUGUCAGUGGUGGCAAUGAUCACACGAAUAAUGCCAGGUACCAUCCACUGUACAUCACUUCCUCCCCGGAAGGCGGCUUUCAACAGAAAACGGCUGAGGAACAAACUCGAGAGCGAAUUUUUGCUGGUGUCUCGUAUUCAAAGAUGGGCACGCCAGAACCCACUGCAGCUGGAGAUCUAUGCGAGUGGCAGCAUACUGCCAAGGAUGCGUGGGAAGACAGUCUAUCAAUUGAUGAGUAUAAGGACACACUGUACAAGAAAUGUGAUGGAGAUUCGCCAGGCUUAUUAGUAUGGACUGUUGAGGAGGACACUCCGGACCUUGUUUACUACCAGUGCUACAACCACCGCAACAUGGGCUGGAAGAUUCAUGUUUUUGACAGCGGGUACAAACUGAGACAAGAGGGUGACAACGGAGGUUCUUCGAAAGCUCCACUUCACCACCUUGCCCCAAUCCUCCUCGUCUCAUUUGUGUUCUUUCUCAGAUGAAACUUUUGCAUCAAGUAGCACCCCCACACCUCUCCCUAACACAGCUCCAACUCCAUGCCCACCAGCCCCUCCUCAUUCACCAACUCUGCCACAGUCCAGGGAUACAACACUCAACAGUUAUUGCAGUUCCUUAUGUUGGUGGAAUUUUUAUGUACAGAAUAUAAAUCUGCUAUAUGAAUUACAGAUUUUUGCAUUAAUUUAGUGUCAGUAAAAUUGUGAUGUAUGCCUCAGUUUAUUUUAUAUGAAGUAAGAUUGUUUUUUUAUAAAUAUUCACUGCUUAACAUUUUCAGCAGCUUUGCCUGUGUGUGUGUGUAGCCAAACUAUUUGCCAAGUCUGCCAGUAAGUACCGGUUUCUUAUCAGGCAGACUUAUUGCAACCAAUGUUGGUGUUUCUCUACAUCACUUACUGGAAUGUGAUUGAAGGCUAUGGAAACAGUCCUUCACUAUUAAUAUUGCUCUCCAUGUUGUAAAUAUAAAGAUGAAAUUUCC